AUGACGUCUCCAGGCGACAAGACCAUGUAUCCGCAACUGCCGCGGGCUCAAGAGGUCCCGAUGAACAUUCAGAAUGAUACGUCGCGUGACGAGGAGAUGGCACGCCAGCUACAAGCUCAAUACGAGCAAGGGGGCCAAGCUAUGGCACUAGCGCAGCCUGUUUCUCAGGCCGAGAUGCCAUACAAGUGUGGCAAUUGCGGCACGACGCACGUGGUGCGCAACGCCACGCACGGGUCGACGUUCCAGUGCACUGCGUGUGGCGCGCAGAACCAGAUUCUACUGCAGCACCGUCGCCCUGUUGUUGUAGUCGGCCGCUCGUACAGCUUCCUGCCAAUUCCAAUCAUCUGCAACAUCAUGUAG